AUGAUGACAGCGAUGAAAUACGAUCCAACGUUUAGUUCCAGUCCAGACGAAAACAAUGAUGAAAGAGGUGCUGCGGGCAGACAGACUGAAGUUGGGACAGCAUGUGGUUGUAUAAGCUAUCAGGUCAUUCUCUUCGUGGUUGGAGUCAUUAGCCUCCUUGGACUUGUAUUACCAAUAAUAUUCGAGGAAGGAACACAAACUAUUUUUGCUGCAAUGGGAAUGAAAAUUAUCUGGGGUGGCAUUGUAGUAGCUGGCAUUAUCAAUAGAAGUCACACGGCCAUGACUUUAUGCAUUGUUUGUAACGUUUUUAUCGCAGGAAUUACAAUUUAUGAUAGCUUGUCUUGGGUCGGCUACAGGACUUUUAGCGUCAUCUACAGCCACGUUAUGCCCACAUUAAUAGUGGAAGGAUUUCUGUGCAUCUUGGCAGACAACCUUCGAGCGGCGUACGCUAAUACACCUUAG